CGUCAUUAGACGUUAGAAACGAAUUGAAACACGUCCGGACAUCACGAAAAGCCAAACUGUAGAAAGAAGUCCGAGCGGCAGCAGAGGGCAGCAGAAACAAACGCGGUCGGCGUGAACAUGUGAUGGUUGUAACUAUUCCGAGCCGCACCUGAAGGCACCACAGCUCUGACCGUCAACGCCCAGGUGAGCCUCGGAGACGCCCUCCACCUGAAGGUCAACUCGGGUCAAAGAAGUCAAAAACCAGAGCCGCCAGUUCGGGGGAUGUCUGCUGUUCUUUAAAAAACAAAAAAGAAGCGCAACGGCUCUGAACUCUGCGUCACCGUCACACUUCCACUCGGCGCCUUUUUGUUUUCUCUUCUCUUCUCUUGUAAUUUUCCCCGGACAAGCGACGGGCAUCAUCGACCAAAUACCCGACCGGUUAAACACGUCGAGUCAGCGACCCUCGAGGGGACCAGACGCGGGGGCGGUCGUCAUGGAUCGAUACGCGGACCUGGACCUGGACUGCGAGGACGGAGGCGUCGCUCAAAAAGCGGCGUUGUUCGGUGGGCUGUUCAAGAAGUCCGCUGAUCCACUCCCCCGAGCGCAGGACAGUUUGUCGCUCAGCAGUGAACUCUCGCAGAGCAGCGACAGUCUGACUGACGGCGGCACCGAGCUUCUCAAGCGAUCUAAAGCCGGACACGUCCGGAGGCCUUCGCAGGAUCUUUUGGACUCGGAGUUCACGGCGAGCAACGACAGUCUGUCUGAGAACGCCGCAACGAAGGAGCCAGGAGGGCUGUUCAACGGCGUGUUUAAAAAGCCCCCCAAGCCUUUCGGAGCGAGGACACAAUCUCAGGAGGAUUUGUCGGCACCCGGCGAAGCCUCAGGCAGCAACGACAACCUUUCUGCGAACAGCAACACUAAGGGACCAGGAGGGGUGUUCGGUGGGAUGUUUAAAAAGUCCCCAAAGCCUUUCGGAGCGAGGACGCAAUCUCAGGAGGGUUUAUCUGAGCCCAGGGAGCUCUCCGGGAGCAGAGACAGCCUGUCGGAGAACGCCGCGGAGAAAGGAGGGUUCUUCGGCGGCGUGUUCAAAAGAAAAGGGGCCAAAUCGCAGUCGCAGGAUGAUUUGUCUGAGGACGGGGAACUCUCCGCCAGCAGCGUCGCGCUCACAGAGAAGUCGUCCCAGGGUGGAGCUGCAGCGAAGAUCCUGAGGAAUCCUUUUACCUCCACAUCUCGGGAGAAGAACUCUGAGUGCGAGCCGGAGGUGCCGGACGGUGGAGAGACUCCGCUCAGCCAGAAACAGAGUAAAUUUUCUGAGGCGAUGGGAAAGAUGAACCCUUUCCGCUCUGCAAACAAACACGAGAAGCCGACGGGCGCCGACGACAAGGAGCGCGAUGCGGACAAACAGGUCGAAGGGAACGUGAUCCGGCGAGAGGCGAAGGGCAGAAAUGAAUCUCCGCCGCUUCCGCGCCGACCAGCUGGCGAGGUCUGCGAGCAGCUCGAUCGACAGCGCGCCGUGUGGUCCGAGCUCCUGAAGAUGUCCACACACGCCGGCGCCACAGCGGGAGACGCCGUGGAGAAUCAGAGCCAAACAGAAGACGAAGGCCUCAAAGAGGAAGACGAGAGGAAACUUCCAGAAAGCAAAAGUACCACGGUGAGAAAACAGAAGCACCACAAUCCGUUUAUGCCACAUGCCGGAGCCAAGCCUCAGUCCGAUGAUGAAGGGCUGGAAGAGGAAGAGGCUCCUUCUUCUAAAGAGGACAAGAAAGCGGAAGAGGGUCAGGACAAAACGGAGGCCAAAAUCAAGAAGCCAAAGAGACACAAUCCCUUCAUGCCUCGCGCCAAGGGCAGAGUUGUGCGCAGGAACGCACAGGAUGCAGCUGCAGAGAACGACGGUGGAAAUAGAUGCUUGUUUGACCGGCUGGAGGACUUCCGCGUGGACCCGUCGCAGGCCGAGGACAGACAGGAUGUGGAGAACCUCAUGGAGUGGUGGAACCAAGUGGACUCUUGGGAGGACACGCCUCAAGACGAUGACAUGACCGAAAAGGAAGAGGCCAAGGCGUUCGCUGUGACGGCCGAGAAGGUGCAGAAAGGAAUCCGCGUGUUCAACAAGCUCUUCUCGGAGCGCGCCGAGAGCCUCUGGCAGCACGUCAUCGAUCUCAACGGCAUCGCAGACGGCCUGGACAAGUUCAACAAGAACACCAAGAUCGCCCAGAUCACCGGCGGCUCCACCAGCGCCAUCGGCGGCGUGGCCACCAUCACCGGCCUCGCCCUGGCCCCGGUCACCAUGGGUAUCUCCUUGAUCGUGACGGCGGUGGGAUUGGGGGUCGCCACGGCGGGCGGCCUGACCUCCGCGGGCGCCGGCAUCUCCAACCAGGUCAACAACUCGAUGGACCGCAAGAAGGUGGAGAAGAUCGUGCAGGACUAUCAGGAGAAGAUGGUCGACCUGGACAAGUGCCUGAAGUUCAUCAAGCGGGGGAUCGAGAACCUGAAGAGGUUCGACCUGAUCAAGAUGAAAAAACACGCCUACAACCGCGACUUCCCCGCGCUCAGCAGCAGUUUCUACGAGGACGGCGCCAUGGCGGGAAAGGCCAUCCUCAUCAACGCCAACGAGAUCAUGCGCGUGGUGCAGAUCGCCAACGUGGCGGGCAGCACCGCGGCCAGGGCGGUCCAGAUCGCCAGCAUGGCCACGGGCGUGCUCACGGGGCUUUUCGUCGGGAUGGACAUCUACUUCGUGGCCAAAGACUCCAAGGAGCUCAAGAAAGGCGCCAAGUCGGAGUUUGCCGCCAAGAUCCGGGAGGUGGCGACGCAGCUGCACGAGGGCCUGGUGGAGCUCAACGGCAUCCGAGAGGAGCUGCAGGCCACCUCGCCGGAGGGCCGCGCGGCCGAGGCUCCGGCCGCUUUGGACGGCGGCGGCGGCAAAGAGACGGAGGACAAAGGGGACGAAUCGAGCGAAGAUGAGAUCGACCGCAUCAAGAAAGCCAUAAAAAAGGACUACGAGAACCGAGAAUACGUUUGAGGAAAGUAGAAGAAAAAGCCUGAAGUUGUGUUUCUGGAUGCAAAACGUCGGGUAUCUGCUCAAAGCCCAAACGCACGGCUCCGUUGUGGGAGGGAACUUCACACAAUGACACGCAGCAGCUUCUAACGCUUCCGAUCGGUCGUUCUAUGGACCCGACCGCUCGAAUCUGCGAAUCAGCCCCUGAGAGGAACUAUCUGCUCCUUUUGAGGGCGAAGCUGCACGUAGUCUUUGAGAACGAGGUCCUGCAAGAUGCAACUGCACCAUGUGUGUUUGGGUGGUACAGUUUUAGAAAACAUUGUCAUCAUUUAGACUUUAAAGUGUUGCUGAGAGUUUUAUGGGGAUUCGUAUGCUUAGAGACAGGAGCGUUUUGCUCCAGCCUUUUUAUCUUUAAGUUCUCACUAACUUCUACUCGUUUGACUAAAUCUGGAUCACACAAGUACACUUUAGGAAUGUGUCAGCUAGAAAGGCUCAACGCCUGUUAGAAGUCACAAGCUGAAUAACUCGUCUGGGCAACAAGUGACUUAUUGAAAUAGUUUUCUUUAUUAAAUAUGCAUUCAUAGAGAAAUGUGUGUUUUGGAGUUUGUUGUAUUUUCCAUUGUAGGAUGAUUGGGAAAUAUCUGUUAAUGCAAACAACUUUAUUUAGUUAUUACUAUUUACUAACAUUAUUUAACAGGUUUUUAAUGUGCGGUUUGUCGACCAAACUUAAUAUUGUCUCUGAAACGCCUCCUUUUAAACAAGCUAAGAAGUUGUUACACCUGUCAGUUACUGGGUGUAAAUAUUCACUUGUUUAAUUUGAUGUGUAAUGUUUUUUUUAUUCGUAAAGACUUUGAGCGGCUGGAGAAACAUAACCAGGGAACUCAACGGGAAAAUAUGACGGUCACUUUGUUUCCUUUCACUACUUGAAACUGGUUGAGUUUCUACCACGUCUUCUGUCCUGAUGUUUUAUUAUUGCAAACUUAAGACGAGCGCCGAUGUCCGUUCUGUGUUUUGUUUAAUUAACCUGAUAUUUAUGUGUCUGGGUGGAGGUGAUAGUUCGACACUACAUCUUUCUGUGCAAUAUAUUGUAAAACUGUAAUAAGUAAUGCAAUUAUUAAAGUAAUUAAAAGAAAGA